UCGGAGGUGAUUUACUCCUAUUGAAAAAGAAAAUGCCAGUAAUGCUGUUUCGUAGGAAAACGUCAACUUGCAGAAGAAACGCGUAGUGGAUAAACAUUUGCUAUCGCCAUUGUUCUUUCCCUAUAAUUUAUUGCCGGUAGUCGCUCACAGUGAAGCUAACAGGUGUCACGCAGGCAUUAUAAGUAACAACACAGUGACGAGGAAGAAUUGUGGCCGAAGCUUCUCAACAGACCUGAGAGGGACAGCGAGAAGUAAUGGAUGGCGACAUGGCAGCUCGGGAGACGUCAUUCACUGACCAACCGGAAGCCAGGAUCAUUGUCGACCGAAAGGCGCUUACAAACUGGGCGCUUGAGAUGCUGGACCCAAAACAGAAGGAGGUGAAAACACUCGGUGCAGUGGCUGCUGAUUUUUGUCGAAACACGCUCCUCGGGCACCCCAUCGUUUUUACUCGGACUCUUUCCCAUCUUGACGUGGUUGAGGACCUACGACCUGCGGACGUUCCUGCUACCGGACAUUCUUGGCGGACUCUCAACGGUCGUUAUCAACGUGCCACAAGGUCUUGUGCUGGCCAUCAUCGCGGGAGUCGAUCCAGCCCUGGGUCUCUACACUUCGCUCUAUCCGGCGCUGGUCUACGUCAUCAUGGGAACUUCUCCUUACGUAUCUAUGGGCAUGGUCCCCGUGUCGGCCCUCAUGACCGGAGUGGUCGUACAGAAGUACAGCGCUGUCUCGGACAAUAUGACUCUCGUCAAAGACGGUGUCGACGAAUUUUCUAUAGAACGGUCCGGCGCUGACGUGGCCAUUACGCUUGCGUUCCUCAGUGGACUAAUUCAGGUCGCUCUGUGGCUGCUGCGGCUCGACCGAUUGGCAGUGAUCAUCUCACCUGUAACAGGCGAGGCUUUCCUCACAGGCUGCUCUCUCAUCGUGAUCAUCAGUCAGCUGCCGUCGGUAUUCGGCGUCGACGUCAAGCCCACGCAAGGUAUCUUCGGUACACCUUUGACAUUAUACCACGUGUCAAAGAGUAUCCCAAGUAGUAACCUUGCCACUUCGCUGCUCUCACUGGCCUCGUUCGUAUUGCUGUUACUCGCGAAAGGAGUCAUCGCCCGCAAGAUGAGGCGUUUCACGGCGGUUCCCUUGCCGUCAGAUCUGCUGUUGGUUGUGGCAGCCACUCUUUCUUCUCAUUUUCUGGAGCUAGACACCAAGCAUAACGUCCGAGUGGUCGGACACAUCACUCCGGGAUUUCCCGUACCGGGUGUGCCUUCCCUCAACCACUGGACUUCCCUGUUGCCUGACGCUGCAGCAAUCGCAAUUGUCCAGUUUGUCGUUACGUUCACAAUAGCGGAACUCUUCGGCAGGAAGCGUCGCCUGAAGACAGACGCCAGUCAGGAGAUGUUAGCGUACGGCAUGAGCUGCGUUGUCGGUUCAAUCUUCAUGUCCCUGCCAGCCGGCUCAUCACUGUCCAGGUCCGUCGUCCUCAAAGACGUUGGUGCACGGACACAGGCGUCUGGCCUUGUCUCAAGUGUGUUCGUCGCGCUGACGCUGUACGCCUUUGCUUCUCUUUUCCGGCCAGUGCCCGAGUGCGUCCUUGCUGUGCUUAUCAUUGUCGUUCUACUUCCAAUGGUAUUCAAGCUGCGAAACCUACCCAAGCUUUGGACAAUUAGCCGUUUUGAUUUCGUGCUUUGGUCGCUAAGCUUUCUGAGUGUGGUUUUUCUGAACGCCACGUACGGACUCAUGGUGGGCAUUCUUUUGGGCCUCCUGAUAAUCUUCCUGGAACUCAGCGGGCAGAAAGGAUCACGCCUGCAACCUCGGAAACCUGACGUCUUCAUCUCUUCAAAACUAAAAUCAGAGGUUAAUGUCAUGGAAAACAGACUGAUAAUCUACAGAUUCAGCGGUCCUCUCUGCUUUGCUACGCACCACAACAUAGUUGCCGAUAUUCUGAACUUUCUCAAGCGAACUGAAUCCAAGGUCGAGGAAGGCUCCACGACGCUACAACAAGUGGAAGAAACCACCGGGGCAGCUGCAGCGACAUGGGCGAUUGUGAUCGAUUGCUCGGCUAUGAGUUUCAUCGACUCGAGUGGUCUUCGCGCUCUUGAUCUUGUAGUGGACAUGUGCCGCGAAAACCAUUGCGCCCUUUAUCUGGCAUCGUUGCAAGAUGCCGCACUCAAGGUCAUCAAGGGUCAAGAAACCGUGUUGCAGAACGUUGGCAUUGACCAUAUCACCCCUACUGUUCAAGAUGCAGUCGCACUAGCCAACUGCCAGCUAUCUGCACGAUUUUACAGCACUCAGCUACAAACGUACCUUUGACGGCAAAUAAAGUUUACUGUGA